AUGCCGUAUGAUGCAGCAGAUCCACCAGGCAAUGAUGUGUUGGAGCUAACGGCGUAUACAAAAAGGAGAGGUGCUAUCCUGGUUAUGGGAUGUGAUGCAAAUGCUCAUCACAGCCAAUGGGGCAGUGCUGAUAUCAAUAAAAGAGGUGAGUGCGUCUAUGAUUUCAUAACUGUCAAUAAUCUAGUUAUCUGUAACAAGGGCAACAUGCCCACGUUUAUGAACAAAGAUAGGCAGGCGGUUAUAGACAUGACCUUGACGAACCAAGAUGAUAAUUUCGUUAGAGAUUGCAGGGUAUCCACGGACUGUUCCUUUUCGGAUCAUAGUAGGAUUACCUUCACCUUGAAUUUCAACUCGUCCUUAAAGGUACCAUUCAGGGAUCCUAGGCGGACAAACUGGGGAACCUUUUAUGAAAAGGUACGUACUGGGUUUGAACAGUUUACUUUAUGUGAACUGAUACCAUCCAAUUUGGAAAAAACGGUGAACAAUUUCACCCGUUUACUAAAUGAGAGCUAUGAGUCAUCAUGCCCAAUAAAAUUUCCCGGUAGGCGUAAACAGCCAAAAUGGUGGACUAAGGAACUUCAAGUUCAGAGGUCGACGGUUAGGAAAUCUUUUAAUAGGGCGAAGCUCACUGGAUUACAAGGAGACUGGAACAACAACAAGGUGUGCUUCAAUAAAUACAAGGGAGAUCUGAAAAGAGCGAAGCGGAUUUCAUGGAGGAAUUAUUGUGAAUCCGUUGAUAGCGUCAAUGAGAUGUCAAGAUUUCGGAGAAUUUUAUCCAAAGACCCAAAGGUCAUAGGGUAUAUUCAAAGAGCUGACAACUCAUGGACGGAAUCCAGCUCGGAAACACUCUCCCUGCAUAUGGAAACACACUUUCCUAGUUGUGAAGGUAUAGGCACUAGGGCUGACGAUCAGGGGGCUAACAUGCCUGAGGGUACUAGUCAUGACUCUAGACAAAUUGAGGGAAUAGUCACUAGGGAAAAACUAGCCUGGGCGGUGAAAUCUUUCGACCCGUAUAAAUCACCAGGUCCGGAUGGAGUAUUUCCGGCGAUGCUGUGUAAUAUCCCGGAUACGGCACUAUUCCUUUUGGCGGAUAUCUUCAAGGCCUGUCACAGUAGGAAGUAUCUGCGUGCGGGUGGAGAGAGGUCAAGGUUGUUUUCAUACCUAAGGCCGGUAAGGCCAGCCACUCGAAACCAAAGGAUUUUAGACCUAUUAGCCUAUCGUCUUUUCUUCUGA